AUCUCAGAGAAAACAGAUGGGAUGAGUUAUAUUUUGAAUGUAGGCUACACAAAGUUUUGAACAUGAGCAGAAAUAUUGCUCCAACACGUCUGUCAUGGUUAUGGUUUUCUGUUCUAGUCUUUCCUGUUUUAUUGUGUUAAUGUAUUCCCUGUUUCUUUGUUGUUUACUGUCCCUAUUGUUCUCUGUUGCGUUUGACCCUGUUCUCAUCCUUGUAUGUUUUCUGCUUCAGUUUCCUGUAUUAUCUGGUUGGUAUAUUAGGCUACCCUAUGUAUUUAGUCAGUCUGCCAUGCCCUGGUUUCCCCCUCAUGUAUUUAGUCUGUGUGCUGUGUCUUCCUUCCUCCCUGUAAUUCCCUGAAUCUCUCAUUCCUGCUGGUUUACUCCUUUCCUGUCUUCUGGUUUGCUAGUGGUUUGGGGGUUUUGUUUUUGGUUUGUCUUGGUUUGGCCUGCCUCCCUGUCUACCUCAGAACACCUUCAUGUGGAGAAGAUGAUCUGCAGCAUCCUGCUGCUCAUCAUCCUGACCUCCUGUGUCUCUGGAACAUUAGUAGUGAAUGUGACCCAGACCUCCUAUCAGGCAGAGGAGAACCAGCACAUCACACUGGAGUGGACCUUCACAACCCUAACCAAACAUACACUCAAUUCUCUUUCUAUCUUCUGUGAACUGUUAACUGAUCUCAGACCCUCAGUCCUGUUUCAUCUCCAUGAAGGAGUCGAGGUCCCAGAGUCUCAGGAUAAACAGUUCGCAGGACGAGUCCAGUGGGACAAAGAUGUCCUCAGAGAAGGACGACUCAGACUUCAUGUGUCCAGACUCAGGACUAAUGAUUCGGGACUGUACCUGUGUGAUGUGCUCACAAGUUAUGGGAGUAACUCUGGUAGAUGUUGGCUCAAUGUCACUGCAGCGAGGGAUCGGCCUGAACCUGAGACACCAAACACAACAAGUCCACCACAACCAGAGAGUCGGGGAAGGAUCGGUCUCUACUGUGUAGUGGGACUGACAGCAGCUCUGUUGGCAGGUUCUGUCUGUUUUUUCAGCCUUCUGAGACCCCAAACACAACAAGUCCACCAAACACAACAAGUCCACCAUAGAGUGGGGGAAGGAUCUGACUCUACUGUGGACUGGGACUGACAGCAGCAGCAGCUCUGCUGGCCUUGUCAGUCCACUUUGAUUUCUGUUUGUUGAGAAACGUUCUGCAGAGAGAACCAGAUUCCCAUCUGGCGAAUAUAAGUUACAGAUCAGCA